GUAAACUUAUAUUUUCCCAUAAACUCUGGAAAAAAAACUAACUUUGACCAAGUUUAUCAUAAGUUCAGGCUCAUGUUUAUUCACACUAAACCUAGAUGUUUAUUCUGGGAGAUAAUAUAUCUUGAAUAAACUGUACAUCAGUGUUGUGUGGUGGUGUUUUAAAAUGAGGAGGCAAAGUCUUUUUUUUUAUAUAUCAAAUUUAUGUCCCUGUUACACAAUUUUCCUGGUUAAAUGAACAUUACAUAAAAAAGAGAGACCAAAUACAAUUCUAUUUUAUAUUUUUACACUAUGUAAUGUUCUAUUUAUUAAAACCAAGUAUAAAUUUUGUCAAGCUAGUGUUCUUAUGCAUUUUUACAUUUUUAUUUGUGAAAUAAUGUUCAGCUUUUCUUUUUAAUAGUCAAUUUAUUUUCAGCAGUCAUCAAGCUUGUACACACUGGUCAGUGGUCUCAGACACAAAGAUGUACCUUUAAUUUCAUCACGCUGAUUGCUCACUAAAAACCAGAGUCAUCAUGUUUUCAGGCCAUUUCAAGUUUGAUUUUGACACGAUAUAAAGCUGUGAUAUCUAAGUGACAGUUGUUUACUUACUUUUUAAUUAGUCUUCCCAUUACCACUAUCAUUGUCUUCAUUCAGGCCGAUUCAACUAGAAUGCAUGCGAACAAAGAGGCGGGAUUUAUCGCACGAACCAAUCAUGUCUAACCAUAACUGAUCAUAUCCAAUCAUAGCACGAUGGAGGCACUGCCUCCUCUCACGUGACUUUCACCCAUUCAUUCUCAAUUACCCCCACUAAACCCACCACACGCUUUAGGGGUUCUGUUUUAUUUCUAUGUGAUAAUGGGAGGCACGAGAGCGGACUCCCCGCUGUAACUUCACCUGUUGGACAGUGUUUCUUUAGAAAAACGAGUGAAUUUUACACUUUUUAAUAUACAUUUUUGUAAUAUUUGCAUUGUUUUAUUUUUGUAUUAUCGAUUAUUUUCUCAUCCAGUUUUUUGACGAGGCACUGCCUCCCUUGCCUCCUUGGAGGAAAUGCUCCAGCUGUACAUAUACAUUAUACAUUAACAGGGUAAUAUUCUACUUUUAGCUAUUUAAUUCCAUAUACUUGUAGAACUUUUCUAUUUCUACCUUUUUUUUGUUUUUGUUUGCCUCAUUAAUAAACAUAUAAAUACUGUUCAUUGAGUAUAGUGAAAACCUUUAUGGGAAACUUAAAGUAGUGUAAAAAAAUGCCAUAUACUAUCAUAUAUUAAGGGAACCUUAAGGUAGUGUCCUAAGGAUUUUGAAAUAUCAUAUAUAUUGACAAAUCAAGUUAUAAAGUAUAUCUUGAUCUGAUCUGCAGGGCAGUUGAGUUCUGAUUGGAGCAUUUUGUCCACUCUCAACGAGUCAGCUUUUUACUGUACACUAUUAAUAGGCACAAUGACCCCUCAAACAAAAGGGUCAGUUUGUAUUGGUGCCUCCAACAAGCUUAAGCCAGAACUGUGUACUCGCUAAAAAAAAAGGUAGAAAAACAACAGCAGGCUUUACGGCUAACCUGACACUGCCUAGUUGAUUCUUUGUGCAUCAGCAUCACAGAUCUCUUCAGGUUCACUGGCAAACUCAACAAACACGUAAAGGAUCAGCGAGCAUUGAAAAGGUUCAUUAUGGAAGGCACUAGAGGACACAUUUUGCAGCUAAUGGUGAUGGGCAUUUUGCUGGGCACAGCCUUCUCAGGAUACAGGGCCAUCCAGACACCUGACUAUGAUGACACCUCCACGCCUGAGAUCCUGAACCCUUCCUGGAUGGCCACCAUCCCUGACAUCUACUCCCUAUCAGAUGUGACGAUGCCCGGCACACACAACACCAUGGCCUUGUACGGUGGCUCACUGGCCGAGUGUAACUCCUGGUCCCUCUCUCUCCAGCUGCGCGCCGGGAUCCGCUUUUUGGAUAUUCGUGUUCGGCAUGUGAAAGACAACUUGACCAUCCACCACGGAAUCUCGUAUCAGUAUGCUCACUUUGGGGAUGUGUUGAUGGACGUGGUGGCUUUCCUAAGAGAGCAUCCUUCGGAAACUGUGCUGAUGAGGCUGAAAGAGGAGUUGAGUAACACGCAGGAUAUCUACGGAGCAGUUGUGCGCUAUAUUAAUGAGUAUGCGCACUGGGACCUGCUGUGGCAUAGUCGUGAGAUGCCCACCAUGGGAGAGGCGCGAGGAAAGCUGAUCAUACUGCAAGACUUCACCGGCCUUGACCUGGGCGUACGCUACAACUCACUGGACAUAGCAGAUGACUGGAAGGUGUCCUCUCUGCAGCCGGAGGAAGUGGAGAAGAAAUGGAGAAGUGUCUCCACUCAUCUGGAGGCGGCUACGGUUGGUAACAAAAACCGUAUGUUCCUCACCUACAGCAGCGGUGCCGGUAUCCUGGCACAUCCCAACUCCCUGGCCCAGCUAAUAAACUCCCGCCUGUACGAAUAUCUGACAGGCUAUGUCGGUCAAAGCAAGCGGUUUGGUAUUAUAACAAUGGACUUUCCAGGUGCCAAGUUAGUGCAAACUAUUAUAGGCUUCAAUUAUUGAGAUUCAACGGCAAGACGUCAGGACCAAUACACCUGGAACUCACCAAAAUACUUCAUUAAUUGACACAAAUCCCAGUCAUACUCUGACUCAAAUUACCCAUACCCUUGAAAUUUCCAUAACCGUGACAGAAAAAGUUUGAGCUUGCUGGCAAAUUUUGGAAUAUCUGACUUAAUAAAACUCUGUGACAAAUUUGUGUCAUAACACCAUGUUAUGACAAAAUUUGAAAUAAAA